GUUCCACCUUACUUCCGGGCUGUGCGUUCCACAUACAGGAAGUGAGUUUUCAUCGACAGCUGCAGCCUCCCAGUGUCCGUGGAGAUCAGGAUGGACAAAGACAGGAGUCACAGGACUGAGAGGAUAAUAAAUAUCACCCUGGAGAUCAUUUACCUGCUGACUGGGGAGGAUUACACAGUAGUGAAGAAGACAUCCAAUGAGUGUGAGAUACUCAACAGCCAUCCCUGUGUGUCAGGAGGUCUGAGUAGAACCCAGAGCCACAUCCCAGUGCCUCCACCUGACUCACUAAUACAUGAGAGACCCAAUGACCAAAAGAUCCUGGAACUCACCAACAAGAUCAUUCAGCUGCUGACUGGAGAGGAGGGGGAGUAUAUAGAGGAACACAGGGGUCUGUACAAGGACGUGAUGAUGGAGAAUCACCGGCCCCUCACAUCUCUGGAUAAGAGGAGACUGUCAUGUAUUGUACAGGGGAGAGCAGAAGGACCCAGUAACCGAGAUAUCUCAGAGACAUGUCCCCGUCCUCUGUAUACCCAGGACUGUACAGAGGAGUAUCACAGGAUCCCACAGGAGGAUCAGAUACAUCAGAGAAGUCACACAGGUGAGAAUCCAUUUUCUUGCUCUGAGUGCGGGAAAUGUUUUACACAAAAAUCACAACUUGUUACACAUCAGCAAAGUCACACAGCUGAGAAGGCAUUUCCAUGUUCUGAGUGUGGAAAAUGUUUUGCAUACAAAUCAGAUCUUGUUAGACAUCAGAGAAGUCACACAGGUGAGAGGCCAUAUUCUUGCUCUGAGUGUGGGAAAUGUUUUUCCCAGAAAUCACAUCUUGUUCUACAUCAGAGAAGUCACACAGAUGAGAGGCCGUUUUCUUGCUCUGAGUGUGGGAAAUGUUUUUCCCAGAAAUCACAUCUUGUUCUACAUCAGAGAAGUCACACAGAUGAGAGGCCGUUUUCUUGCUCUGAGUGUGGGAAAUGUUUUAGAUGGAAAUCACAACUUGUUACACAUCACAGAAGUCACACAGGUGAGAAGCCAUUUUCUUGCUCUGAGUGUGGGAAACAUUGUUUAAAUAAAUCACAUCUUGUUAUACAUCAGAGAAGUCACAUAGGUGAGAAGCCAUUUUCUUGCUCUGAAUGCGGGAAAUGUUUUUCCCAGAAAUCAUAUCUUGUUAUACAUCAGAGAAGUCACACAGGUGAGAAGCCAUUUUCUUGCUCCGAGUGUGGGAAAUGUUUUAGAUGGAAAUCACAACUUGUUACACAUCACAGAAGUCACACAGGUGAGAAGCCAUUUUCUUGCUCUGAGUGUGGGAAACAUUGUUUAAAUAAAUCACAUCUUGUUAUACAUCAGAGAAGUCACACAGGUGAGAAGCCAUUUUCUUGCUCUGAAUGCGGUAAAUGUUUUUCCCAGAAUUCACCACUUGUUACACAUCAGCGAAGUCACACAGGUGAGAAGCCAUUUUCUUGCUCUGAGUGCGGGAAAUAUUUUUCCCAGAAAUCAUAUCUUGUUAUACAUCAGGGAAGUCACACAGGUGAGAAGCCAUUUUCUUGCUCUGAGUGUGGGAAAUGUUUUAGAUGGAAAUCACAACUUGUUACACAUCACAGAAGUCACACAGGUGAGAAGCCAUUUUCUUGCUCUGAGUGUGGGAAACAUUGUUUAAAUAAAUCACAACUUGUUAUACAUCAGAGAAGUCACACAGGUGAGAAGCCAUUUUCUUGCUCUGAAUGCGGGAAAUGUUUUUCCCAGAAAUCACCACUUGUUACACAUCAGCGAAGUCACACAGGUGAGAAGCCAUUUUCUUGCCCUGAGUGUGGGAAACGUUUUACACGGAAAUUAUAUCUUGUUAGACAUCAGAACUCACACAAGUGAGAAUAUAUUUCCAUGUUCUGAGUGUGGGAAAUGUUCUGCACACAAAUCAGAUCUUAGAAACCAUGAGAGAAGUUGCACAGGUGAGAAGCCAUUUUCUUGCUCUUAGUGCGGGAAAUGUUUUACAUAGAAAUCACAACUUGUUACACAUCACAGAAGUCACACAGGUGAGAAGCCAUUUCCAUACUCUGAGAAAUAAAUCGGCACUUGUUGCACACAUUAGACAUCACUCAGGUGAGGAACCAUUUUAAUCUUCUGGAGUAUACUCCUCAUUGCCAUGCAUUGUUCUUCAAAGUUCUUAUCCUAUCUCCUAUGCUUUUUGCAAUAUACAUGUUACCACUGGGUGAAAUAAUCAGGUGUCAUGCCCUCAUCUACCACUGCUAUGCAGAUGACCUGUCUUUUGAUCCAGGUACUGAGAAACCAGUACCAAUCCUAAAUGGUUGUCUAGCUGAGCUCCAGGUGUGGGUGAUGCCAGUUGGCUGUGACUCAGUCCUGGUGAAACAGGUCCUUAUGAUAGAAGCUCACCAAUAAACGGCAGGGCUACAACUCAGCUUUACUACCAACCAGACGCCACAUAACACCCAUUCUCUGUUCCCUCCACCGGCUGCCUGUAAGAUGGUGACUGUUACAUAAUCUUACUGACUCUCCCAGCCCUACAUGACCAGGGUCCAAGGUACCAGAAGCAGCUUCUGACUCCUUACUGUCCUACUUGCUUCCAUCUGCAGAUGGACUGUUACCAGCAAUACCAAGAAACCCCAAGCAGUGCUGAGAUGUCAGAGGGGAGACAGGGUGGGUGGCACUAUUGCUGUAUCGGGGGCACUGUCUGGGUAAUAUUAUCCCCAAGCAGAGCUGAGGGGGUACUCAGGGUGGCUGGCAGUAGUGGGGACUGCAGGAGGCAGUGUAUGUGUGAGAAUCUUGUCCUCAAGCAGAGUUAAGGUGUCAGAGGGGGAGACAAGGUGGUGAAAGUAGUGGAAAGGAGACAGGGCGGAUGGCAGUAGUGAGCGGAGACAGGGUGGGUGGCAGUAGUUGGGGGAGACAGGGUGGUGGCAGUAGUGGGGGGAGACAGGGUGAGUGGCAGUAGUGGAAGGAGACAGGGCGGUGACAGUAGUGG